UCCUCACCGUUAGCUGUGCUGCAAUGAAGUAAAAGACAUUACUUAAUUUUAAAACGAAUGCUUCUGUCAUACUCAGAGAUAAUCGGUGAUUGAGUUUAACACAAUACUGAAAUGUUUGUGUGUAGAUAGCGAGCAGGCAUCGCUUACACACUGACUGAGCAGCCUGGUUUCUGUGUGGAGCAGAGCAGCCAGUCAAGAUGGACACCGCGGAGGAAGCGGACAUCUGUCGGGUGUGUCGGUCGGAGGGGACCCAGGACAAGCCGCUCUAUCACCCCUGCGUCUGCACUGGCAGCAUCAAGUUUAUUCAUCAGGAAUGCCUGCUGCAGUGGUUGAAACACAGCAGAAAAGAAUACUGUGAAUUAUGCAAACACCGGUUUGCAUUUACACCAAUCUACUCUCCAGACAUGCCAUCUCGCUUACCUGUGCAGGACAUCUUUGCAGGGCUGGUCACCAGUAUUGGAACAGCCAUCAGAUACUGGUUCCACUACACACUGGUGGCCUUUGCCUGGCUAGGCGUGGUGCCUCUAACAGCAUGUCGAAUCUACAAGUGUUUAUUUACCGGCUCUGUGAGCUCUCUCCUUACGCUGCCACUAGAUAUGCUUUCAACACAAAACCUGCUCGCCGACUGCCUCCAGGGCUGUUUUGUUGUCACCUGCACGCUGUGCGCCUUCAUUAGUCUGGUGUGGCUCAGAGAGCAGAUAGUCCACGGUGGUGCCCCUCAGUGGUUGGAACAGAAUCAGCCCCCUCUGGUUCCUAACCCGCCAAACGGUCCUGCACCAGCUAAUGAGGGUCCAGGUGGUAACGCCGCAGUCAACGCCCAGGCUGCUGCGGACGCUGCAGCAGGCCAGAACCCCGCAGACCCUGCCCCAGAUGGGCCGGCACCCGCCAACCCACACGAAGCUGGAAACCAGGGAAAUGAGGCUGAGCUCGAUGACGACGAAGAGGAUGACGACGGGGACGACGAUGAUGAAGAGGAGGAGGACGAGGAAGGCAGGGAAGAAGAUGCUGCAGACCCCAAUAACGGAGGACAAGAAGAUUUGAACUGGAACGCUCUGGAGUGGGACCGUGCAGCAGAAGAGCUCACCUGGGAAAGGAUGCUGGGGCUGGAUGGCUCUCUUGUUUUCUUAGAGCAUGUCUUCUGGGUGGUGUCUCUCAACACACUCUUCAUUCUUGUCUUUGCAUUUUGCCCGUAUCACAUCGGCCAUUUCUCAGUGGUGGGACUGGGCUUUGAGGAAUAUGUCAAAGCUUCACACUUUGACGGUCUCAUCACCACCAUACUGGGGUACAUCCUGCUGGCCGGAGCUCUCAUAGUCUGCCAUGCCUUGGCUUCAUUAGUGAAGUUCCAGCGCUCCAGACGGCUCCUGGGCGUCUGCUACAUUGUUGUCAAGGUGUCCUUGCUGGUUGUCAUGGAGAUAGGCUUGUUCCCACUGAUUUGUGGUUGGUGGCUCGACAUUUGCUCGCUGGAGAUGUUUGACGCGACUCUGAAAGACAGGGAGCAGAGUUUCGACUCAGCCCCCGGAACCACCAUGUUCCUCCACUGGCUGGUCGGCAUGGUCUACGUCUUCUACUUCGCCUCCUUCAUCCUUCUGCUCAGGGAGGUGCUCCGGCCCGGUGUGCUCUGGUUCUUGAGGAACCUGAACGAUCCAGACUUCAACCCAGUCCAAGAGAUGAUCCACCUUCCCAUCUACAGACACCUGCGGAGGUUUAUACUCUCUGUGGUGGUGUUUGGCUCCAUAGUUCUGCUGAUGCUUUGGCUUCCUAUCAGGAUCAUCAAAGUGCUCUUCCCAAACUUCCUUCCCUACAACGUCAUGCUUUACAGCGAUGCUCCAGUUAGUGAGCUGUCGUUGGAGCUGCUGUUACUGCAGGUCGUGCUGCCGGCGCUGCUGGAACAGGGUCACACUCGCCAGUGGCUCAAACGUCUCGUCCACGCCUGGACAUUCACCGCCGGAUACAUGCUUGACCUCCAUUCCUACCUGCUGGGGGAACAUGAAGAAGAUGACAACCAACCAAACAACAACCCUCCCGGACGCCAUAACAACAACAACAGGAUCCCUGGCCUGGGGGAGGGGCUUCACGCCGCCCAUCAGGCCAUCUUGCAGCAGGGCGGCCCUGUAGGUUUCCAGCCGUACCACCGGCCCAUCAACUUCCCCCUUAAGAUAGUUCUUCUGGUUGUUUUCAUGUGUGUGACACUGUUGCUGGCGAGUCUAAUCUGCCUCACGUUGCCAGUGUGCGUGGGUCGCUGGCUGAUGUCGUUCUGGAUGGGCAGCGCCAUGGUUCACGAGCUGUACACUGCAGCCAGCGGGCUGUACGUCUGCUGGCUGUCCAUCCGAGCUGCCACCGUGAUGCUGUCCUGGAUGCCACAGGGACGCAUGGUCAUUAUGAUCAAAGCUCAGGAGUGGACAAUGAUGAUCCUGAAGACGGUCGUGGUUGCUGUGCUGUUAGCCGGGGUGAUUCCUCUGUUGUUGGGUCUGCUGUUUGAGCUGGUCAUCGUUGCUCCUCUCAGAGUCCCGCUGGACCAGACACCUCUCUUCUACCCCUGGCAGGACUGGGCCCUGGGCGUGCUUCAUGCUAAAAUCAUUGCAGCCAUCACACUGAUGGGUCCUCAGUGGUGGCUCAAAACUGUCAUCGAGCAGGUGUAUGCUAACGGUAUCCGAAACAUUGACCUGCAUUUCAUCAUUCGGAGGCUGGCUGCUCCGGUCAUCAGUGUCCUGCUGCUGUCUCUCUCCGUGCCCUACACCAUCUCUAAAGGCGUAACGCCCCUGCUGGGUGUACAACCAGAGAUGCAGACCCUCGUGGACAGGAGGAUCUACCCUUUCCUGCUGAUGGUGGUCAUGCUGCUCGCUAUUCUGUCCUUCCAGAUCCGACAGUUCAAACGCCUCUACGAGCACAUCAAAAAUGACAAAUACCUGGUAGGACAGAGGCUGGUGAACUAUGAACGUAAGUCAGGCAGGAGCACGUCCACCUCUUACAGCACCUCCUCGUAGGAUCAGUAGGAGCUGACCGACUCCGCCCAGCGCAGAGAGCUAACGUCAACUCCUGUGGUGAAACUCGUUCAUUUGUUUCCUCCCCGCUCGGCUGUUCAAACACAACCCGUAAACGUUCAGCUGCAGCCGAAUCCUUUUUUUUAAUUCGCAGACACGGACAGCAAUCACAGGAUUUUGAGACAAAGGCCAGGAGAGACACGUUGAGAAAAGAGAGAGAGGACGAAAAACAGAAGUCUCAUGGGAAAAAUUCGAAAACUCAGCAAAACCACAAAGUUGUCCAUCCUGUUUAAACGUGUCAAUUUCUGUCUUCAACCACGCCGACAUUUCUAAGUUGGAUUUUCAUUAUUUAAAAAAAAAAAAAAAAGGUUUGGGACAGUUGAGCAUAGCUUUUUACCUCAGAUCGUGCUUCCCUUUGAAUGUGUGUUGAGAAAUAUUGUCUAGGUCACACUGGGUGUCUCUUAAUGGGACGGGUUGUUUUUUGUUUUUUUUGACAUUUCACAGCUGUGGAGGAGAUAUUCUCUGUGUUCCUGUUGUGGACUCGCCUCAAAUGACAUCCUCCAUUCAUCAAAGUGAGGUUGUCGGUAAUAAGGAGGGACGUAAUGUAGCAAUGUGAUUGUAUUUUUUAUUUUUAUUUAGAUGUUUUUAUUAGAUGUGGGUUUUUUUUGUUUUUUUUUAGUGUUACAAUUCUGGAGUGAGCUGUUAGAUAGUCCAGUGAGGAUUCUUUAAACUAAAGAAAAAGAAAAUACAGAAGAAAAAAAGGACAUUUUAGUCAAUCUGGACACAACACAGGACACAGGACGUGUUGUAUUUUGUUCUCCUGUGAAUUUUUAAAAGCAGCUCCUUCCUGUACUCCUCGUUUGUCACAGUUAUCUUAGUGAAGGCAAAUCCACUCUCAGGAGAGGAGAAGCAUUAGCCUGAAAAAUGUUACAUUUUGAAGUGCACCACAGAGGAAGUUUCAACUCAAAACAUUUCAACUGGAAAAAAUGUCUGUCAGAAGGCGCAUCUGUUCAUUUUUUAAAGAAAGUUUUAUUCUGAAAGGGAAAAAAAGACUGAAUCUCUGUUGCUAACUCAUGCUGCUACAACAGCUUAAAACAGAUAAACUGAUGCUGGUCUCACUGGAAAAAGUGACUAUAGUAAAUUAUUCUGACAGCUGACAAACUAAAGUUAACCAAUCUCAGUUAGAGCAAACUAGCAGCAGUAAUGUCAC